GGCAAUUCAUUUACUGAAUCGACUGGACCAUGACUUGCGUUCCAUCACUGAUCUGUGUACCGUGACGUGGUAGCCUGAUUACCGACCCCGCACUGGUGCUGCACCCUGGCGUACCCGUCCCAUCCCCUCCCCCUCCCCGGCCAGCGCGGACCAUCUGCCGACGUGGCUGGGCGCGGGCCACGAGGCGCCCGCUCGCUCUCCCAGGACAGCUGUACCGGCCCCGCCGCUUCUCAAGGCUGCGCCGGCCGCCGCCGCUGGCCGCAUCCGCUGCUGUGAGCGUGUACGAUACGGCUCGUCCGGUGUUGUAUCGGUGCCGUGUUGAUUGUCGACCUCGUGACCCGCCCGUACCCGCCAUCGGGUCGUUAGCCCUGAGGCUACUCGGGGCAACGGAAGGGGCGGACAUACGCCGGCUCCAUCGACCGGUCAGUUGGAGUGAGUGAGAGGACCGCGGUCGUUCGGAAAGCGGCGGCGGCAGCGUGGUGCUGACGUCAUUGGUUCGUGACGUCACUGGAUACUAGCCAGGCUGGCGAGAUGGGGCCGCUGGUGCUGCUCUGCGGCUGGGUGUCGAUCCUGGGCUCGCUGGUCCUGAAGUUGCCGCAGAUUUUCGCCGUGGUACGCUCCGGUUCUGCAGACGGUCUCAGUCUCCAAAGUUUACUACUGGAGUGCACGGCAUUCACCGUCAACUUCUGCUACAACGCCGGGCACGGCUACCCGCUGGACAGCUACUUCGAGUACGCGCUGCUGAUCCCGCAGGACGUGCUGCUGAUCGUGCUGACGCUGAGGCUCAGCGGCCGGCUGACGGUCGGCUGGGUGACUGCGCUGCUGACCGCCGCAGCCGUGGCCGCCGGCCUGGCCUCCGGGGCCGCGCCGCUCUCGGCGCUCAAACUGCUCCUCUCCUGCGCACUGCCCAUCGGCUUCAGCUCGAAGAUAGUCCAGCUGCGGGCGAUUCUCGGCAGCAAGGACGCCCGCGCCGUCAGCCUGACCACCUGGCUGCUGGCGGCGCUCACCUGCCUGACCAGGAUUGUGACGACGCUGGCUGAGACGCAGGACACCACCCUGCUCACCAGCUUCUCCGUCCACCUGGUGCUCAACUCGCUGGUGGCCAUGGCGGCCUUCACGUACCGGAACGGACCGGCGACCAAGGUGGACGGAGUCAAGAAGACCGAGUGAAGAAGGAACGAAGAAGAACUAGGAAGAGGAUCGCGGAAAAUAAGGAAGAUGAUAGGAGACAUCAGAAAAGUGUUAGCGCAAUGAAGAGGUCAGAACUGACUCGCGCUCUUCCAAACGAUGUAAACUCGAUAGGCAACUAGGAGAAGCACUAGCUUGCAAACCAUGAAAGAAAUCUACGAAGAAACAUUCCAAAAACAAUUGUGAACCAACGCUGAAGCCGAAUCGAGCGAUGUUUAGUCAUUUCCGUAUUCCGGAUAGGCUGCACCAUGCCGUGUAACUAUACGGCAGUAUACGUAUACGCUGGGGCGUGAACUCGUUUGGAUAAUCGUAUCGGUUCAAGAACUUUACCGGUGAUGCCGGUAAUUAUGGACUGGUAGUUUGUGUCUCAUGGCCAGUGGCAUGUCAAUGAUAUAGGUAUAUCGUAACUAUGUCGACGUUUCUUCUCUUCAGGAAGAAAAUCUACGGGGAUUCUAGGUUAUAGACAGUUGUUCGAUGUUUAAGCAUGUACUUAAAAUAGUGCCUUCAAAUAGAUAAUAGUGUUGUACGAUGCAUAUUGCACCUUGCACAUUCCGAUGCAGUAAAAGAGAAUCGUAUCACUGAUUUUAUCCAUUGGGCAAGACCUGGAUAAUUAGGGGAAACGCGGAACGAAUAAACGCUCCUAAAUGAAACA